AUGGGUCAAUAUUGGAAGUUCUUCAACGUCAACAGACUAGAGUACGCGGACCCGGUGGGUUGGUUCAAGCUCGGGUGUAUCUUCUACGACAAGCAGCCGUUCCUCGUACGCAGCUUAGCCAUACCCUAUCCUGUGCCCGAACUCGCAGGAUUCCUCGCAAAUGCCCCCCCACCGGGAUCCAUCGCCAAGAAAGGUCUGCUUUCGCUUCCGGACGAAAUUCUCGACAUGAUUCUCAAUCACGACGACCUACCCCUCCUCGACGGUGUAUGCCUUGCCGUCACGUGCAAGAAACUGCUCUCAAUCGCCGAGGGGAACCUGCUCAAGGCGGGCCGCACCUAUGGCUCUGCCGGUUGGGCGGACUGUCAGCUUGUAUGCCUCGGAGACUACGCAGACCUGGACAGCCUGCCGGAAAGGCUGUUGCCCCCUGCUCAAAAGGACCGUAUCCUCGAGAGCCUCAAGGCGAAGGGCGUAGAUCCUGAGGGCAGCUAUGGCGGACUCAUCGAAAUCGGCACAGAGGCAACCCAAUAUCGCGGCGUACAUGACUUCCCAAAAUUUGUGGAGAAGCUGUCCAUGCCGGACCGUCGCCUGUUCGUCGCGGCGCUCGCCGUGACGUUCCCCGCGCGCGACGACUGGGCGCUGUGCAACACUACGAAACGCGAGUACGUCCGCGCGGGUGCGCUCGCGGAGCUGAGCGGCCAGCCGGAUGACGUCCAGCCGUUCCUGAGGGCGUCUCCGGUAGACUUGGGCACAGCGCUCUUCACGCGGUUCUGCUACUCGCCGUCCCCCGACACUGCGCUCCCAAACACGUCGGUCAACAUCCACGAUGGGAAGUGGGUCGGCGAUCGGGUCACCAUCGACACGCUCGAGAGGAUGAAACUGGACCAACCGGGACAUCCGUGGAAGGACGUAACGGACGAGGUCGUCGCGGACAUCGAGGCCAUCUACCAGGACGAGUACCCUGAAGACUGGGAAGAGGAGCUCACGAAGAUGCACGGACCGUGCAGCUCCUGGUAUUUCCAAUGGGACAACGCAUACGAGCUGAAGGCUCUGCUACCAAGCCCGGAGGAGCAGAAGCGUCGCGAGCGCAUGAAGGAAAGACUUUGUAAGCUGAGGACGUCUGAUGAUUACUGA